UGGUUCACAACAGCUUGCAAUCAUUUCCUGCCUAUAAGGGACGCACAAGACAAACUGAAUCACAUUUGCUGUUGCAGAUCAGCACAACUUCACAGCUGAAAUGGAGGCGGAUGAUCUGUAUUUUGACCAUUCUGACUUUUAUGAUAACGGAAGUUACCUUUGCAAUGGCACUGAAAACUGCACCGAUACUGCGUUCCCCUCUGAAAUGUCACUGUCCGAGAUAGGGUCCAGGCACUGGUUCGCUCUGGUCUGCUACAGCGUCGUGUUCCUGUUGGGCGUCCCUGGGAACGGUCUGGUGGUGUGGGUGACCGCGUUCAGGAUGCCGAACUCUGUGAACGCGCAGUGGUUUUUGAAUCUGGCCAUUGCGGAUCUGCUGUGCUGCCUGUCGUUGCCUCUCCUCAUGGUCCCGCUCGCCCAGGACCAACACUGGCCGUUUGGCGAUUUGGCUUGCAAAUUACUCAAAGGUCUGUUCUACAUGAUGAUGUACUGCAGCGUUCUGCUCCUGGUUGUGAUCAGCUUGGACCGUUUCCUACUGGUGACCAAACCGGUGUGGUGCCAGAACCACAGGCAUCCGAGGCAGGCCCGGAGCGUCUGUUUCGUCGUCUGGAUUCUCGCUCUCCUUGGAGGUUCUCCUCAAUUUGCUUUCAUGGAGGCAUAUGAAGGGAGCGAGACUAAAAUAUUGUGCGACAGCUCCUACAGUAGCUUAAGUCACGCAUGGGCCGUAUUCCUUAUACGCAGUUUUCUGUCUUUUCUGCUGCCUUUCCUGAUCAUCUGCGCCAGCCAUUGGAAGGUUUACCACAUGACGAGCUCCGGGAGACAGAGAGGCAGCGACAAGUCGGCCCGCACGCUGCGUGUCAUCCUGGCGUUGGUGCUCAGCUUCUUCCUAUGCUGGAUUCCCCUUCAGAUCGUGGAUCUUCUGCAGUUGGUGACGUACGGACAGGCAGAAGGCCUACGUCUUCAAGCCAACCUGCGUCUGGCCCAUGUGCUGGCGGUCUGUUUGGGUUACGUGAACAGCUGCCUGAACCCGCUGCUCUACGUGUGCCUCGGCCGCGGCUUCAAGGACAAUCUGAUUAGCUCUCUGAGGAGUGUGCUCCACUUCGCAUCCGAGGCUCCGACCAGUCGAAUCAGCAUGACUGCAAACAGCAAGUCCACCACAGACGGCAUGCUCAGAGAGAAGCCCCUAUGAAAUCACAAGUGCAUCUAUAAACCCUGGUCUUCAAAUAAUACUGCCCUCCGGAAUCAUUUCUAG